AAAACGAGAUAGAUAAAGAAAGAAGGAAAACGAGAGAAUUAUCGCACCGUCAAAAAAUGCUGUCAAUCUGGAUUUUAAACUCCAGUGGACGGCGAACUCCUCCUCUAUAAUCCGACACGCUCCCAUUCUUCUCUCUCUCUCUUCAAUUUUCUCUCUCUAGCUCUAAUCUUUGCCUUUGUUCAAACACAAAACACAGACAAUUUUUUUUUUCUUUUUUUUUUUGUGUAUGAACGAACAGUGAAGAAUUUCUUGAGAAACCCAAUUGUUUGAAGUGGGUUUUCUGUAUUGCUUCUUGUUUGAAGAAGCCCCUGAAAUUCUAUUUCUGGGUCUGGAGAUUUAGGGUUUUAUUUUUUCUCACCAAAAGUGAAUGCAAAACUGAGAGGAGGGUGUGUGAAAGCUAGCGUUCGGAAAUAGUCGGCGAUGGAUGGGAGGAGAAUAACGGCGAGUCCGCGGCCGUGCACUGGGCGGCGGGUGGUGGCGAAGAAGCGGCGCCGCGGUGGAAUAGAUGGGUUUGUUAACAGCGUGAAGAAACUGCAGAGGAGGGAGAUAUCUACGAAACGGGACCGAGCUUUCAGCAUGUGUGAUGCUCAAGAGCGGUUUCGGAAUAUUCGCCUGCAGGAAGAAUAUGAUACCCAUGAUCCAAAGGGGUAUUCUCCCUCGUCGUUGCCAUUCUUAAAGAAAAGGUCGAAAAUUAUCGAGAUAGUUGCUGCCCGUGAUAUUGUAUUUGCUCUUGCGCAAUCUGGUGUUUGUGCAGCAUUUAGCCGAGAGACGAACCAGAGGAUAUGCUUUCUAAAUGUCAGUCACGAUGAAGUCAUACGGAGCUUAUUUUACAACAAAAAUAACGAUUCGCUUAUCACCGUUUCGGUUUACGCUUCGGACAAUUUUAGUUCCUUAAAAUGCAGAACCACAAGGAUAGAAUACAUACGACGGGGUAAGCCCGAUGCUGGUUUUGCACUCUUUGAAUCGGAGUCGUUAAAGUGGCCUGGUUUUGUGGAAUUUGACGAUGUAAACGGGAAGGUUCUUACCUAUUCCGCACAAGAUAGCAUCUACAAGGUGUUUGACUUGAAAAAUUAUACGAUGCUGUACUGCAUUUCGGAUAAAAAUGUUCAAGAGAUUAAGAUCAGUCCAGGAAUCAUGCUAUUGAUAUUGACAAAAACUCAUAGCGGUGUUCCGUUGAAGAUUCUCUCGAUCGAGGAUGGUUCCGUUCUUAAAUCUUUCAGCCACCUCCUCCAUAAAACCAAGAAGGUCGAUUUCAUCGAACAAUUCAACGAAAAGCUUCUCGUCAAGCAAGAGAACGAGAACCUUCAGAUUCUUGAUGUCCGCAAUUCGGAGUUGACCGAAGUCAGCAGCACGGAGUUCAUGACCCCAUCUGCGUUUAUAUUUCUAUACGAGAACCAGUUAUUCUUGACAUUCAGAAACGGGACAGUUGCUGUUUGGAACUUCAGAGGGGAGCGUGUUACCUCGUUCGAUGAUCAUCUUUUAUGGCACCCCGAUUGCAAUACGAACAAUAUCUACAUUACCAGCGAUCAGGAUCUCAUUAUUUCGUAUUGCAAAUCCGACACCGAUGAGUCGCUGUCUGAUGGAAAUGCUGGCUCGAUCAAUAUAAGCAAUAUCUUGACCGGAAAAUGCCUAGCGAAAAUCAAGGCGAGCAACAGCCUUCAAGCGGACGAGUGCUGGUGCAGCGCAAAUUGUGGUGGUAGAAACUGCAACUCUCGGAAGCGUGUAGAAGCUUCUAGAAUCAAGAGCACCGUCGCGGAAGCUUUGGAAGAUAUCACGGCUCUCUUCUACGAUGAAGACCGGAACGAGAUCUACACCGGCAAUAGGCUCGGCCUCAUCCAUGUCUGGUCUAACUAAAAGACGAGAGUGCAUGUAUAAAGUUAGGUGGGCGCCGCUCUGAAUCAUGGGUAAACCCUACUAGUUUACACCAUGGUUUGUAACUGUGGUGUUUGUAAUUUCUUCUAGAAGUUUCUGCUGUUUGAUUUGAUGAGUUGGGGGUUUCGACCCCCCUUUAUUCGGAUUUAUUGGAUCAUUUUUUAGUUGUGUUGUAACUUUGGGGGUAGUUUCUUAAGAGAGCAGCCUGUUCAAGUUGUGGCAUUUGCAUUUGGGUUUGGUUUAAUGUUUGUUGUAAUAGAUGAUGAUGAUUUGUAAAUUUGCUGACGUGUGCUGAAUUCUCUAGGCUUCCAUUGAUUUGCAUUUAAUGUGUGUUUCGAAUAAUGGUUUAGAGAUUUAGCCCUU